AUGGCCGACCCUGCCCAAGUUGCCGCGACCCCAGUGCCUGAGGAAGAAGACUUUGACCUGUUUGGUCCGAGUCCUGGAGAGGUGAGUCAGUCGUCGCAGCCUGCACCGACUGUUGGACCUCAGCAGGCACCGCAGCCAGUGCCACAGCUAGCACCGGUUCCACCUGCAGUGACGACGACAGUUGGUUUGGACCCGCAGCUUCAGCAUCCGUCAGCCAAAGCGUCUGCUCCACCGCCAGCGCCUGUUGGUCCGUCGUUGCACGUAGGAAGCAACAGAGCUGAGAAGUACCUCCCUGCUUUGCCCACCAUCGACGCUCCGGCGAUGGGAAAGGGGCGUGUGAAAGAGCUGGAAGAGUACCACCGUUGGUGUGAAGUCUUGGCGUCAUGGUUGGCGCUCAUAGACGACAACUACGUCAACGAGUUGCGCCAAGCAAUGGUGCACCACAGGGAGAUAAAGCAGUCAGAGAUGUCUGCUCCUGUGGCUUCGAGGUCUGCUCGGUUGUUUUACUACCUUCAACAGAGUUUGCAGAAGUUUGAGAGAGGCAUGGAGCUUGUGAGAAGCACUUCCAUGCGUCAAGCUCAAGCUGCUUGUGGGUACGAAGUCAUGCGGCAAAUGCAUGCGACUUUCAGCAUUGUCUCAAGAAUGGAGGCAAUUGCUGUGAGAGACGAGGCCUUGAAGCUGCCUGCGAGAGCCCGAGCCUACAAGAGGCCACUUGAUGUGGUCCGAUUCUUAGAAGAUGAGCUGGGCAAAGUGGAUCAGAAGCUCCAUCGUUUUCCGGAGCUGAAGCCUGGUGCUUCGGACCGCCUUACUGUUUUGCUUCAAUCUGUCAACCCUGAGUGCCGGCAUUACGUUGUUUUGCACGGCAAGUCUGGAACUUGGGAAGAGCUUGUGACAAGCAUCCGGUUCUUUGAGGAACAGACCCGGCUUUGCGACGCUGGUGCUCUUCACGCUGUUGGCGAGAAGGGUUUGUGCUGGAACUGCGGCAAGGCUGGCCACUACAGUUGGCAGUGCCCUGACCCACCAAAGGGUGGGAAAGGAAAAGGCAAAGACAAAGGCAAGGGUGGAAAGCCCUCCGGUGGCGGCCGAGGCGGCGAGCCCAAGGGCAAGGGCAAAGGCGGCAAGAAAGGCGAGAAGGGCAAGGACAAGGGGAAGCCAAAGGCGAAGCCGAAAGCGAAGUCCAAGGGACGCGCUGUUGAAGACGAGCCUUCGGAGCAAGUGAUGGCCUUGAGAUUUCAUCGUCUCAGGGGCAUGCGCCCAGGGAAAGCGAUCAAGAAUGAGCCCAAUGAUGCUGAGCCCCCACGUCUCACCAUGACAGACAAAGAAGUAGAGAAGCUGAACCAGUCCUCUUCGAGGAAUAGUCACUUUGCGUGGCUUGUUGAUAGUGGAGCCACGUGCCACGUGUUGUCUGUUGCUUCUUUAGGGUUUUACGAAGUCGUGAAGGAGCAUUCGGGACCGCUGCCUGUCUUGAUGAGUGCUAGUGACACCGAGAUGGAAUGCCUCGGGUUGGUCGAUAUCCGUGUGAAGUUUGGGAAGCUAGGGCCUGUAGUGCUUCAGAAGGUCCUUGUUUGCCAGAUCGGUUUCAAUGUUAUCAGUUCUUGGCAGGCGUCGCUUUCGGGUUGGUGUUCGUGGUUCACCGCCACACCCGGAGAGAGUUGCUUGAUGAAGUACAACGGCAAGGGUUCCUGGGUUUGGGUUCCCUUAGAGACGGAAGCCAGGAGCUGGUGGGCAAUGGCCCAGGAGAUCGGCCCCGCGAGAGCUAAGGCGAAAGCGAAGUCCAAGGCAGGAGCGCCCAAAGGUACCCCACCAAAGUUUGGGAAAGAAGACGACGACGUGGGAGAUGCAAUGGAAGUGGACCGCGCCAAGGAGAAGGCGCAUCCGAGCAAGCAUCCGCAGAGAGCUUGGGAAGUGACUCCUUUCAAGUUUUUGCUGAGAGCUUUUUGCAGUGAGUUUUCGUGCAAGUGUUUUUCCGCAGCAGAGGUAGCAGCUGAGACCGAGGUAGUGCCUGCAGGUUGUUCUGAAGAGCUGUGUGAGGGUUAUGCGGUAGGUUCUGAAGUCUGUGUUUCGUCCGCAGCCGUUUUGCUUAAGCAAGCAAGCACCACACACACCGAAACGUGCCGUAGGAGCGGUAGGAGUGCGAGUGCAUGUGUGAGUGUAGAGCCUUUGCCGCCAACGCCUCAGAGUACUGUGAGAGCCUGUGGUUCGGAAGCUGCUUCAGUGAAGGUUUGCGCAGAGUUUUCGAGAGCUGCCUGUCGUCCUGAGUGUGCAAGUGCAUGUGCAGUAGGAUCACGGCAGCGCAAGCCUAAAAGUGUCUGCUCUGCUGGCGGUUUGUCUCGAGCUUUUCGGUUGGUGACCCUCCUGUAUGGCGUCCUCGCCUUUGCGACAGGGGCAAGGCGUGAGGAAGCGGUCUUUUCUGUUUCCGAGCGGAAACCCGGGCAGAUGGUGGUGAUGGAAGAGAGAUGGCGAGACCUCCGGGAAAUGGCUGGAGCUGCAACGCUUCGUCGUGGAGCGCUUGUGGCAAAGCUGAACCUGAGUCUCAGCGUGGAGCAGCGCAGGGAAUCGGAAGAAUUAGUGGCCAUGAACAGACACGAUUCGAAGGAACUGAUCCACAGAGGAUUUCAUUCCCUGACUUCUCCGGCCUUGCCUUCUGGAGAACCUCCCGCUCCCGCUCAGGAGGGCACCGAGGCUGCUUCCUCCUCCGACGAUUGGGGGACAUGGAAGGAGCGCCGUGCACGAGAGAAGGACCAGGUCACCGAGAGAGAGAAGGACCAGGUCGCCGAGGACAAGAAGGACCACAACGAGGGCGAGAGAGACAAGGCCGCCGAAGGAGUGGCUUUGCUGAGGGAGCAAGAGCUCAAGAUGGCUGCCGCCAGCAAGAACUUGGCGGAGAAGGAGCGAGCGUCGGCAGCGGCGAAGGCAGCCGCCAAUGUGGCGGUCGAGAAGUGGACGGCCCAACAGAGGGCACGCAAGGAGGCAGAGCUCCAAGCAGCUCUGCUUGCUCAGGAGCAAGCCGCUGCUACAGUUCGUUUGCGUACCUUGGAGUUACAACUUGGGGAUGCCCUUGGUUCCCCCGAGAGUGCAGCGGCCCCCGAGGGAGCCGUAGAGCAUGGGACUCCUCCGGAGUUACCAGCCAGCAGGCGGAUCAGCCUGUCGUCUUCGAGUGUGGAAGCUAUCACUCCUCCAGGAACGCCUCCGACAACGCAGGUGUCGCCAGGAUCUGUGGUUCCAAAGACACCCCAACGACCACCGUUGGUCAAAGCCAUGCCAAAGGUUCUGGAGAGCCCUGCUUCUCAAGCUGCUGUGAGCCUUGUUGCUCCAGCUGCUGCGGGGCCUGUUGCUCCAGCUGCUGCGGGGCCUGCUGCUCAAGCUGCUGCGAGGCCUGCUGUUCGAGUUGCUUUGAGGCCGGCGGUCCGAGCGGUUCAAGUGAAGGCGAUGCCCAAGAUGGGGCAGGUGCCGUAUGUUGGGCACAUGGGACCUCCAGCGCCGCCGAUGGUUGGGCCAAUUGGGCCCUGUACCCCAAGCACCGCAGGUUGUUGGGAAGAUGCACAUGUUCCCGCCGGCGCCGCCCCUCUUGGGGUACAUGGGACCAGUGCCUCCAGCACCACCGCCAGGAUACCGAGGCAUUUUCAAUCCGUGGUCCACCGGGCCGUUGCGCCAGGUGUUUGGAUCUGUGGGCCAGCAUGUGACGCCCAUCACUCCGAGUGUGUCGGUUGUGCCUCAAACUCCACCGCCACGCCCUACAGUGAGACCUUCAGCCAGGCCGUCAAGAGCACCACGGCCCACAGCACGGGCAACUCUAGCCCCUACGCCAAAGAAGAGAAAUCGAUCACCUUCGAUCUGAGGCGGUGUGUUUCUUCUGAGGUUUUGGCCUCAACCUUAGGUUCGAGGCCCGUCACCCUCAAAGUGAGCUCUUCGGUGUCUUCCCCGAAAAAGGUGCAAGAGGGCAGUGCCAAAGCGGUAGGCAGUCUAGAGUGCAGUGCCGAAGCGGUAGAACGUCUAGAGUGCAGUGCCGAAGCGGUAGGUUGUCGUGAGUGCAGUGCUUUAGGAGGUAACCUAGAGUGUGGUGCGGUAGGUGCGUGUUGCUUGAGUGUUCCCGAAGCUACGCCCUACCCGAAUGGAUCCACAAAGUGUCUCGCUCUGCCCAGGUGUUCCUUGGAAAGAUCGUGUGCCGCAGCCUUGUUCAGGGUUAUUUCAAAGGGUGCGGGGUUUCGCUUUUGCGUGCUGCUGGCAGUCUGUGCUGUAGCUGUGGUAGUGCGUCGAAGCGGGGGUCGUAGGAAGCUGCGGUUCGGAAGCCGUAGGAGACACAAGUGGGUGCGAGUAACCUUGAAAGGUCGGAAUCCCCGUCGGUGUUUCCCCUGGAGAGUCCAACGGCCGAUGAUGAGAAGGUUGUUGUGCUUGGUCCGCAAAGUGCUUAAGAAAGUUGCUGCCUUGCGUGGGCAGCACAAUGAAGAAGCACCGCGGAUUCCUGAGGCCCCACAUGUUGUGCGUGAGCAUGUUGUGUCCGAGCGUGUUGUGCAUAGGGCGCGUAUGCUUGCAGGUUUGCCGGUUGAGAUCACUGUUGAGUCUGAAGAAGAGUUGUUGCCAGACCCCGAACCGAAGCCUCAACCUCCAGGCCCUCCUGACCCCGAACCUCGUCCCGAGCCGUCUGGUUCAGGUUUGUCUCCUCCUGAAGACCUUGAGGUUCCAGUAUACAUUACUUCAGAGCGUUUGCGAGCGCACCGGAACAAAGGGCAUCAGCCCUAUCUGAGUUUCUGUGAUGUGUGCCAGUCGGCACGUGGUCGUGUUCCAGCACGACGCAAGAACAUGAAGAGCCACUAUGCGCCGGGAGAGCUUCAGGUAGAUUUUGGCUUCUUCGGUCGAAAUGACCCUGUGCCGGUGCCAGCCAUUUGCAAGGCUCUUUCGGAGAUGGGCCUCAACGGGCUGGACGUCGUGGUCCACGGAAAGCGCCUGGUGAGGGCGAUUUACGUUGGGCCCCAUGGUGCCAACGGCUCUGGGAUACGUGUCUUUGUUCCCUUAGGAGAUGGGAAGCCGCCUCGUUUGGAGAUUUUCAGCUCUUUUCGUGCCCGGGACCCGGUAGAGUUUGACAAGGCAGUGCUAGAUCAACUGAAAGGAAACCGUGAGGACCCCGAACGACCCAUCAAGUUUGAUGUGCCUCUAGAUGCACCUCAGCCUCCUCCUGACCCUCCGGCGUUGCCUGAUGGUAGUCUUGAGUUCCCUGUGGGACAAUCAGAAGAGCCUGGAGCUCCUGAUCCGAUGGAGGAUGAGGAUCUAGCAGACUACUCACCUUCUCUUCCUGGUGAUGGUGAUGGUGAAGGGAUGGAUGUUGAACCUCCUCCUGGUGGCGUCCUUGAUGAGGAUGAUGUUGAGAUGAGUGAUGGUGAAGAUAACAUCAUGGAAGAUGGUCUUACUUGGCUCUAUGAGUAUGGUCUUCGCCAGCUCUACGAUGGGCCGGACCUUCGUGACGGUUCUUUGACCUUGGUGCUGGUGUAUGUUGAUGACUUGAUCAUAUUCUCCCAGAACUCAAAGAUUGCAAAGGAGCUGUAUGCUCAGUUGGCCAAGAUUUACAAAAUGAAGCAGACUGGGAUCUUGGAGCCUGGAAAGAAAGGGCAACUUGAGUUUCUGGGAAGAGUUAUCUUCCGUGUGACGGACGCUGGACCUGUGUUGUUUGGCUUGAAACCGGGCUACUUGAAGUCGCUUGGUGAAGAGUUUGGGAUCAGUGGAAAAGGUGUGAAGCCUGUUUUGGGAAACCUUGAGAGGGAGUACCGGAAGAAGGAACCUGGAGGUUCCAUAAGCACCGAGUCGUACGAGAGGUAUAGACGUGUGCUUGGGAAGCUGAUGUGGGAAUCAGUCGCCAUUAAGAAGAAGCUCAAGAAAAGUGGUGCAAGCAGCCGGGAAGCUGAUUAUCUGCUAACUAUGGAAGAAUUUCUUCACGACUGGUUGGAAGUGCUCCUGUAUACCAUCGAGCUGAGUAUGCCCAAUUAUGUUCCCGCUUCUUUGGCCUACAAAAGCAAGAAUGCAGAGCUUGAGUGGCUGCGAAAGCUCGAAUUAGUUUAA